AUGUAUCAGGUCUUUGGAAACUUCGACCUGUGGACAUUGGUGAGCACUUGUUCACAGGUGGAAGGGUCAUCAGCUGUUUCCUCUUCCACAGGGACCCACAGUCUUCACUAUAAGCUCACAGUGAGGUCCCGAGGUGGAUCAGUGCAAUCAAGGUUUUUUGCUGAUUGUUACUGGGACCAUCAGUUCUUCCUUCAUUAUGAUAGUCACGAAAAAGAAAGUGCAAAGCCCCAGGAGCUAUGGGCAGAAAAACCUUUGGGAACUGAGAGCUGGGACACAGAGAUCCAGGAGUUGAUAGAGCACAGCAAGAAUCUAAAAGCAACCCUGGCAGAAAUCAAUGCCCAGCAGGAGAAGAAAGGAGUGUCCCCAGCAGUAAAUGUGACCUGUGGCGAGGCGCUGGAGGACACCAUCAACAUGACAUGUUGGGCUUUUGGCUUCUAUCCCCAGAAUAUCUCUGUGACCUGGCUUCAGGAUGGGGAACCAUGGAGCCAGGGCACCCAGCAGUCUUGGGGUGUUUUUCCCUAUGUGAAUGGGACCUACCAGACCUGGGUGUCCAUUAGGAUUCCCCAAGGACAAGAGCAGAGGUUCUGCUGCUAUGUGGGAUACAGAGGGAACAACAGCACUGGCCUUGUGUCCUGUGGUGAGCCUGGGCAUUCCUGCCGGAGUUUCCAACCAGAUGAGUCAGUGACCCUGGGUGGUGAGAGGGGAGAAGCCUUGAGACUGUGGUACCCAGAGUGUAACAAGCCUGCUUUCAGGGACUGCACUGCUGCUGGAGAGCCAAUGGCCACCUUUGUGGUGGUAUCCACUGUUACUGCUGGGAUUAUUUUCUUGUAUUCCUUCCUGCAAGAAGAGGAGGACAUCAGCUGCAGAGGGUUCAGAACUCGUGAGCUUAAAAGUCCUGGAUCAGCAGCAGAGGGCACCAAGUGACCACACUGGAUCCACACAGCUGGGGUGUCAGCCUCUGCUGAGAGCUCCUGGGGCUUCUUAGGAAGUACAGAGGGUGCAGCCCUGCACUGACCAGCACUUUCCCUCUUGGUGCCUUGGUUACAUCAUCGAUGCAAUGUGGACACACAUGUUUACUAACUGUUGGCACUGGGGAGCAUAUGUGGGGGGCUUACUAAAGCCCAGUACAGCUCUAUUGUACUAGGUAGCCUCAAUAUUUUAUUAUGUUUUAACAUAUCAUUUAAUAAGUUAUGAUAUUUUAACAAGUGAGAUUUAUUUGUAGUUGUCCUUGUUCUGUCUCCUCCCAAGAAACCUCAAAUACUGGCGUUCCUUGACUGUUGAGGGCCCUUCAAGUUCUCUCUGACACUCUGUCUUACCUCCUAUCUGGAUAGGUUUACACUCCACAUUUUUAAAUGCUAUUAAAUAUGACAUAUAUCUGGUCUGUGCUUUCCUUUAUCUUCUGGGAAGGGACAGCAUGAAAGGGUCUGUGAAAAUGACAUGUUUGUCUCCAUGUUUGACACAGAGUUCCUAAACCUACCCUGUGGUACUCUCAUAGUUGCCAAUUAGAAAAAGCCACAUCAGCAACAGGCAUGGUCUCCAGGGUGGUUUCUGUGGGUGCUUUGUGAUGGGGAGACCAAGCAGAAGCCACUAGAACUACCUCCUCCUAGGAAAAUAAUACUGCACUCCUGGAUGGAUGGCAGAGAUUAAUGACUUAAAAAUUUCCCAAUUCAUCCCACCUGUUUGGCCUGUGCAGAAAGUGGAGGACCAUGGUGAUUGCUGUAAACUUAUCCAGGUGGUGACUCCAAUUGUAACUGCUGUAUUAGACGAAGUUUUAUUGUUUGAGCAAAGUAACACACACCCUGGUACCUGAUGUGCUGCGCAACGUCUUUUCCUCCAUUACUGUUCAAGAGGUCCACCAGCUCUGAAGACCAGAAAUAAGUGAUCAGUGUUUUAAUUUUCUUUACAGUGGAAAAUAUGCAUAUAUUUAGAAUUGUCAGGUUGCUACAGUUUAGAUGAUCCUAAUUUUAUUCGUAGUAUCUAAAGCAUCAUA